UACAGUUUAGGUCAUGUCAAGAGUGAAAUACCUCUUAGAUGCCUAGGGGAGGUAGCCUGUGGAUGGCUGGGGAUAAGUGCCUGGAGUUUAGGGGAGAUCAAAUUUGGGGGUCAUCAGCACAGAGGUUGCAUUUUAAGCCCUGAGCCUGGAUCAGCUCAUCUGGGGGAGGACAUAGAUGUACCAGGACCGAGGACUGAGCCUGGGGCUUCUAACAUCUUGAGGUUGGGGUGGUGGGAGGAAAACCGGAGUGUGGUAGGUGGGGGUCCUGAAAGCCUAGUGCGAGAGCACUUCCGAGGUCAAGUGAGAUGCGGCCUUUGUGAUGGGAAUUUAAAUUAGUUUUUUCCAGUUUGUCUUUUUUCUUUGUUUAUGGUGUUUUAUUCUAAUUAAAAUGUGUGUUUCUCUGUGCCUGGAUGUAGAAUCUUAGUUCUUUCAUACUUCUGUCUUUGUGCCCUCUUUCCCAUUCCAAGAUUACCUGUGUCCAUGUGGCCCCCAUGUGUGCCCACGUGUGGGCCCAGAGCAGGGAUAUGUGGCUCCGGGGAGGGGUGAGCCCAGCAUGGAGUCGUCGGAUCAGUGUGCCUGAGCUGAGAAGAGCCAUCCUCCAGCAGCACGGCUCACCCGUGGAUGCCACCAUCGCGGCUCUGGUCUGCACCGGGGUUGUCAACCCCCAGAGCAUGGGCCUGGGUGGAGGGGUCAUCUUCACUAUCUACAAUGCGUCCACAGGGAAGGUGGAGGUCAUCAACGCCAGGGAGACGGUACCCGCCAGCCACGUCCCAGGUCUGCUGGACCAGUGCAAGCAGGCCCAGCCUCUGGGCACAGGUGCCCAGUGGAUCGGGGUGCCUGGGGAGCUCCGUGGCUACGCUGAGGCCCACCACCGCCACGGCCACCUGCCCUGGGCACAGCUCUUCAGGCCCACCAUCGCGCUGCUCCGGGGGGGCCUCCGCGUGCCCCGCAUCCUCAGCCGCUUCCUGCAUAGCAGCUACCUGCGCCCUUCCCUGCACGCAUCGUCCCUGAGGCAGCUCUUCUUCAAUGGGACAGAACCCCUGAGUCCUCAUGACCCACUCCCGUGGCCCGCGCUGGCCGCCACCCUGGAGACCGUGGCUGCGGAAGGCGCAGAGGCCCUCUACACAGGGAGGCUGGGCCAGAUGUUGCUGGAGGACGUUGCCAAGGAAGGGAGCCUGCUGACCCCGCAGGACCUGGCAUCAUUCCGGCCUGAGGUGGUGGACGCCCUGGAGAUGCCCCUGGGGGACUACACCCUGUACUCACCGCCACCGCCUGCAGGGGGCGCGAUUCUCAGCUUUGUCCUCAAUGUGCUCAAAGGGUUCAACUUUUCCGCGGAGUCAGUGGCCAGGCCCGAGGGGAGGGUGAACUUGUACCAUCACCUCGUGGAGACACUCAAGUUUGCUAGGGGGCAGAGGUGGCGGCUGUGGGACCCUCGAAGCCACCCGGAGGUCCAGAACGCCUCCCAGGACCUGCUGGGGGAGGCUCUGGCCCAGCACAUCCACCAGCAGAUCGACACCCGGGGUGACCACCAGCUCAGCCACUACAGCCUGGCCGAGACCUGGAGCCACAGGAUGGGCACGGCCCACGUGUCCGUGCUGGGCGAGGAUGGCAGCGCUGUGUCUGCCACCAGCACCAUCAAUACGCCCUUUGGAGCCAUGGUGUACUCACCGCGCACGGGCAUCCUCCUCAACAACGAGCUCCUGGACCUGUGCUGGAGGCACCGGCGGGGCUCCGGAGUCACCCCCCCUCCCGUUCCAGGUGAGCGGCCCCCUUCAUCCAUGGUCCCCUCCAUCUUGGUCAACGCAGCCCAGGGGUCGAAGCUGGUGAUCGGCGGGGCUGGCGGGGAGCUCAUCAUCUCUGCUGUGGCCCAGGCCAUCAUGAACAAGCUGUGGCUGGGCCUUGACCUGCAAGCUGCCAUUGCAGCCCCCAUCCUGCACGUGGACAGCAAGGGCCGGGUAGAGUACGAGCCCAGCUUCAGCCAGGACCUCAACUCUGAGAAUUUGGACCUGACAGCCUGGAAUCCAGAGAACCCCGAGCCCACGGCCCUCAGCUCCCUGGAAGGAGGUGAAGAAGGGGCUCCAGUACCGGGGCCAGAGCCAGACCGAGAGGCCCGUUUUCCUGAACGUGGUCCAGGCCGUGUCCCAGGACGGGGCCUGCGUGUACGCCGCAGCGGACCCCAGGAAGGGUGGGGAGCCCUCAGGCUACUAAAGAGGCUGCUCCCUCCCCAGAGCUGGGAUCCCACCCAGCAAACGUCCAGGCUAGCCUGGUCCGGCAGAAUCUGGACCCCUUGGCUGGACGGUCAGCCUGGGGCUUCAAGAGGUGGGGACAGCCCAGCAGAUGGACGGCUGUGGGGGCUGAGCCCUGCCCUCCCAGAGCCCCUGUGGCCCUGCCCUGACCCCUCCAACCUCCCCAGGCCUCUCACCCAGGACUGGGCCCCCACUCCCCGAAACCCCAUUCCCCACCUGUGUAUCUUCCAGUCCAAGAUUAAAGAAAAGGCUGCACCACGCCUGAUUCAGGGUCGAGGUGGGGAGGGGACCUUCAGAAAGCACGUGCAGUGAGCUGCAGCCCUCCACACACACCACCACGGAGCCAGGGAAACCAGACACGGGCUGGGCCUUCUCCAGGCCACCCCUGGACACCUGCUUGGGCUCCGCACACGCCGUUGGGAGGAAGGCAGGGGUGUGGCCUGGGGGCACCUGUCCCUGGCUCCUGGGGGCCCUUGGCCCAGGCCCGUCCUGGAGCUUGUCCUCCGUGCCAGGAAAAGGCUGGAUGAAGCGAGACCUAAGCCCUCCCCAGCCCCCAACUCCAACAUGUUCUCACCCUCAGCACUGUUGAUGUUUUGCGU